UGAAACUGCGCUCGGCGAUUGGAGAAGUGAAAAUGGCCGCGAAGGAGAUGACAAGCAGGGUGCUAUUCAGAAUAUCCUGGACCUCCCACUGUUAUUUAUACCAUCCCUCCACAGUCAUCCGACCCGGCAAACCCACAAAUCAUAAGCAGCAUGGUCUUCAGCUUGAAGGCGCGGGAUGCUGCGUCUGAGGCUGCAUACAAGUCAGUGGUUGAACUGUGGACGCUAUACUCAAUUGGCGUCGCUGUGACGAUUCUCAGAACGUGUGCUCGAGCGAAAGCCGUGGGCUUGAGGAAUUUGCGACUUGAUGACUAUUUCAUAUGGGUUGCAAUUAUAUUCUAUACCGCACAAACGGCGCUCGCAUAUAGUGUUGGCAAUGUGGCCAGUGGCCUCGCGAAUAAUAGCAUGACGGCUGUGCAACGGGCUGCGUUGUCCCCUCACGAUCCCGAGUAUCACGCCAGAGUGGUUGGUUCCAAGAUCCAGAUUGCAGGCUGGACCACCUAUGUCGCAUUGAUCAAUUCCCUCAAGCUAUCUAUGUUGGCAUUCUAUGUUCGCCUUAUGGAGGGCCUAAGUAGACGGUAUCAGAUUCCCAUCUACGUUGGGUUUGCCUUCGUCAUUGCAAGCUUUGUCGCCGGUGUCAUCACGAUUUUCACGGCAUGCAGGCCAUUCCACAAAAAUUGGCAGAUCAACCCGGACCCCGGCAAUGUGUGCCAGCCGGCUAUUGCCAAGCCAGUUAUUGCAGUCACCUUCGCCGCAAACCUCCUCACUGACCCAUACCUUAUUUUCAUUCCAAUCCCUAUGCUUUGGAAAUCUAGUCUAAAAUUUAUUAAAAAGAUUGCCACGACCAUUGUCCUUAGCGCUGGUAUCUUCGUACUUGUCUGCGCCACUCUCAAGAGCGUUUUCCUGCUAGUGGACCCCGAUAAUGGCGCCCAAAUUGCUGAUCAAUGGGGCACCCGAGAGACUUUCGUCGCGGUCAUCACAACCAACCUUCCGAUGGUAUUCCACCUUCUCAGAAUUUGGCUCGCCAAGGUCUUCGGCAGCAAGUUUGGAUCAUCUCAGAAGACAAAAUAUAAAUUGCCCUUGGGUGGUUUCCCAGGCAUCGGUAGUGGCGGUGAUUAUGCCGGUCGCAAGGGCCGCGGGCUCGCGAGCAUGGAUCGUGACACCAUUGGAAUGACCUUCACUGAAAGUGAGGAGCGGAUGAUGGAAGAUGUCAAGAUGCAAAGCUUGAAGGCCUAUCAAACACCUGUAUCGUCAUCUGAUACCCCGUCUACGAGCGGCGAUUGCUGCCCACCAGCAGGCCAUUGUUGACGAUCCCCAAUGCUUUGUCUUUCCUCUUCAGCCAUGACAGGUCCCUCAAUUUCGUACCCACGUUCAACCAACUCAUUUUCAUCCGUGAUCUUCUGGAUGGCUUGGGCUUUGUCUCCAUCCAGGUUGGGAUCCUCCAUCAGUGUGCAGUGUACAGCAACGCCAAAAUGUGGCUUGACCAGAAUGGCGUCAUUGCCUAAUUCAGUUAGCUAUUCUGUUGUUAUAGGUCACCUCAGCUAACUGCAGGUUUUUGAAGCAGACCAUAUAUCUGGUUUGGUUGGUGCCAAUCCCAGCCACUUGCACUUCUUGGGUUGAGGGUGCACUCAAUAGGGCUGCAAAAAUGUGAGCGUUGGCAGUUGCUGUGGGGAGGCAUCAGCUAAAGGCGUUGUAUGACUAGUGAGCUCGUGAGAGCGGUCCCGGAGGCGGAGAGCGUAAAGGUAGGAAGGCUGCAUACACAAAGACUGUAGCUUAAUACCUAGGCAAAUGCCAUUGCACACAAUAUGAAGGCCUUGAACAAAGAACUUCUCACUGAAAAUUCUUGUUGUUGAAUCUUGUAUCUAACUAUGCGGCCUAGCAAUCUAUUUAACGUCAGUGGAGCUGACGCCCCGUGCCCCAACCCGGG